AUGGAACGGAGCUCUAACAUCAUCGAUCUGCCUAAUGAAGUCCUGGUGGAUAUACUCUCCAGGCUUGCAGUCCAACAUGUCCACCAACUUCAGGCAGUUUCAAAGCUAUGGCUCAGAACUAUCUCUAGUCCACAUUUCAGAAGACUCUACAACAAGAAAUCCUUGAAUCGUCCUCGAGCACGUGUAGUUCAAGUAUCCGACUACAAGCAUUCACCGAGUGGCAUGGAAAUGAUUAGUCGAACUAUUUCUAUUUCGACCAUGGAUCUCGCUGUAGACAACAACGAGAUCCAGAAAGAUUUCAGUUUUGAGGAUAUUAUUGCCCCUGAACACUCUUUCUUCAUCUUCUCCAACCUCAUCAUUUUCAAUCACAAGGUAUGCAACCCCACUACUAAAGAAAUCAAAGGCUUACCAAUUUCAAGCUAUCCGUCAGUUAGUUUUGAUGUCGCCUAUAUCCCUUCCAACAAUACAUACAAGAUUGUCCAUCUAUAUGGUACCAAGACUGGCCCCAAUUACAACUUUAACUAUGGUGGUAGUGCUGUGGAGUUCAGAUUUGAGACGCUCACACUAAGAGAUGGUGGACCAAUUCCUAGCUCUUGGCAAUCCCUAGCACACCAAGAAUGGUUUUCUUACAAGGUUCAUUCAACAUGUGUAAAUAAUGUAAUUUAUUGGUUGGUUGGAAGAGUAGAUAGAAUGGAAAAGCAUAUUAUUUCGAUGGAAAUUGAAACUGAAGAGUUCUUGAGUUCUGUUUGUUGCCCCAAAGAUCCCUAUUAUGAAGAGUUUCCACUAAUUGAGAAUGGUGAGUUGGCUGAUUUGAAUGGGAAAUUAUGUUUAGCUUACCAAUCAGAAGAAUUGUCAAGGAUAGAUCUAUACGUUCUCAAGGAUCAUAAGAAGCAAGAAUGGGUCAAGGAACACAUCAUCAAUUUUGGUAUAGGAAGUUUGUUCAAUGUAAUUGGGUAUGUACCGUUAAAAGGUAACAAUGGUGAAAUUAUGAUUGACAGCGGUAAGCAGCCUCUCCUCUACAACAUUGAAGAGAAAAGGCUUAGAAAACUGCCAAGACCUAAAAUGAAGAUUCAUAUUGGUUUGUACAUUGAUAGAUGUUUUAACUUAGGAAGCGCAAGACUAUCUUUGCAGCCGAGAGUAGAUUUGUUAUCUGAGGGAGAUCAACUAUGA